AUGGGUCUGGCUUGCCGAAAGUUGCGCCAUGGCUCAGCAGAAGCCGGACAGCCAUUUCUGUCGGACACAAAUCCCUGGCGACUCUUCCAGUGCCUCAGUCAAGUUUGGCAUGCGCUGGAGAGCCGUGCUCGUGGCAGCCGAAUUGAGAACUCUGUGCCUUCUAAUCUGACGUGGCUGCUGUGGAUUUCAAUAGAUCCGCGGAGCGGCAACAUUAUUCCUUACCCGAAGGAGGUGAGUAGACUCCUGGAAGCCGCACGCCAACGUGGUGAUGCGUGCGUGAGUCUGGGAAGCAGGUUCUUCGACGCGCACGUGGAGUUGGGCUCUGCACCGAUGCAGCGCACAGGGCGGGGCAGCCGCGAUGUUCGUCGCUUCUCCCUGCCAAGCCCGACGGAGCCUAUUCGUCUUCACGUCGCGCACACAAGGCAUCGGUGGCGGAUCGUCGAGGCGGAUGCCCAAAAUGCGGAGGAGCGGGUGGCUUCCCUGCCUGAGGAGGUGCUCGGCAGCGCCGAGCUAUCGGAGACCGUCACGCCUCCUGCUGAGGCAUCGCCCAGGCCGCGGGAGGACGACGCAGAGACGGGUCUCUGGCAGUGGUGCAAAGCCUUGCAAGUGGCUCCAGGACAGGCCGAGUUCCUGGAGGAGACUGAGUGGGGGCUCUAUGGUGAAGAGCAGAACACUGCCAUAGAAGCGGCUUAUCGUGCUGGACACGAGCAGGUAGACAUCACAGUCGGAGUACGUCAGUACCAAAUUGUUUUCGGUCCGGAAAAAGGCUUUGCCCAGCAGAAGGACCCUCGCCUGCGCAAACGGCGCUUGGUGCGGCGCCGCGGAGUCCAAAGCGAGGAGCUCCGCAGGCGUCUGGAAGAG